CAGGCAACUGUUCACCUAGAAAAGGGCUAUCGGCAGCUUCGGAGUCCGCAGUUGUGCACUACGAGACAAAUUUCUGAAGUAUCGCCGCUAGAUAUCUCAAGCAUUGAGGCGGCGAUUACAAGUAGCACAAGGGAUCUCAAUGAUUGCCAAACAGCUAGCGUUUUCGAGGUCGCCGAUACCAUUGGUGAUAUCGGAGUUUUUGAAUGGGCUGCUGAGCCCACAAACAGUACCAAUGAAACGUCUUGGAGCGAUGGCGUUACGGGCAACAGUCCAAGGUUAAUAUCUACGGGUCCAAUAGCUGACACGAGUUCUGACAUUGUUACCAACAUAAUUGCCGACAUCAACACACAAAUCUCAAGCAGGGCCAAUUUUGAGCUCAGUAUGCUGGUUGAUGUCGACCAGUUACUUCGGCCGCGUAGAAACAAAACUGCAGAAGCCUCGCUUACUUCGAAAAUGAUGCUGGGAAGCAUACGGAGAUACCCUGCAAUGCUGAUCAAUGAUCUUAACCUACCCCCUUUUAUUAGCUCGCCGUGCUUCGGCGACGAGAUCCUAUGCCAGCAGUCUGGAAUUCAUCAAUGUCUUCCACAGCCAUUAGCUACAUGUGCUAGUAUAGUUCGCAUGUUUCCGAGAGAAAGCCUUAGAGACAGAUCUUUUGCAUGGAAGACCAUCUACAUGGAACAACAAAGACUUUUUCACGAGCAUGAGUCUUACGACAGGGAGACAUUGAUUGCUGCCGUACAAGCCGUCACGUUGUAUACCAUUCUCCACGUUGAAGAUGUCGCAUCUAUCCCUGAACACUACCUCAGAUCAAUUACCAUUACUUUGGGCACUAUGACUUAUACAAUGAUGCAGGCUCAAACUGGGGCCAAUCACACGCAGCAUUAUAGUAUUCCCAAUCGGCAUGAAUGGAUCAGUAACGAAAGCGUAGGGAGACUAACAUGCUUUUGCUACGCAUUGAACGAGCUCCUAAGCAUAGCAAUAUGUCCUUCUUCCGGGCACGGUGGCGCGACGUGCAAAACUGUACACCUUCCGAGCACACGCAGCCUCUGGCUAGCUAAGACAAACAUUGAAUGGCAGCGACACUACCUUGAACAGUCAUCGCAAAGGGGCUUCAAAGAUACCCUCAAAGUCUCUCAUCUUCGGGAGUACGCCCGAUAUGCGGGGAACGCCUUACCAAGGGAGGGUUGGGUAGCGGAUUUCGAAAAUUGGUGUCUGAAUCACGACGAGUUGGGACAGUUCAUCUGGAUGGCGACGAAAUUGGAACCCGUGUAG